AUGUAUAAGAUUUUAUUGACAAUAUUGGCCUUGACCGGUCUUUCUAUCGCACGCCCGAAUGUCUAUUUAAUCCGACAUGGCGAAAAGCCCAAGGACGGGAAUGGCCUAAACGAAUAUGGUCUGGAUCGCGCAGAGUGUAUUCGACAUCUCUUUGGUGAACAUUCGAAUUAUAAUAUUGGAUAUAUCAUGGCUCAAAAGCCAAAGAAAAAUGGAAGACGAAUUCGACCCUACGAAACUGUCAAACCACUUGCACGAGAUCUGGGAAUAAAGGUUGACUUGUCUUGCAAUCGAGAUGAUGCAAGAUGUGUCAAGAAGACGAUCGCAAACUAUGACGGCCAUGGAAAUAUUUUAAUUUGCUGGGAACAUCAUCGGCUGACUGACCUUGUGGAAGAGCUUGGGUAUGAGGAUGCGCCUCUUUAUCCAAGUGAUCGGUGA